ACUGGAGCGCAAAAGAGACUACUUCCCCCCACGGUCUUGCUAAAAGAUGAGACUGAAGCAAGAGGCGGACUUGCCCUUUGGGCAUGUUCUUGAGCCGCUUCACCUUCCCACCCUCCAGGCCGAGGCCGUACGAAUCGCCCGUGAGCAUGCGGGCCAGCCUGAAGCAAGGCAGCACACCUUCAAUAGCCACUCUGCAACUUCGACGACGCACAUCUAUCCACUGGCUAACCCGCGCUAUAAGCCCCCCGAGACGGUCGGUGGGAUCCCCACUAUUACGAAAGAGACGUAUCAAAUGCUUCAAAGCAAUCCAAAGCCCCCCCUUAAGCUUCCUAGGAAUCUACCGCCAGAGGACAAGCCCGGUCCGUAUCAGGCCUGGUCUGCAUCAUACCCGUCGCAAAAGGCCCUCGACGUACCACCUCGCGCCCUGGUCGCGACUCGAUAUGUGUUCCAGCAGGCCACAACGAGCAGCCGAAAGGGCAAGGACACUGUCCUCGUCUUUGUCCACGGCACUGGCUUUUGCAAGGACCUGUUUCUGCCCCUGCUCGAUGCCAUUCUCUCGUCACUGGGUCCACAAAAAAGCACAAACAUAACCGAGGCCUGGAUGCUGGACGCCAUUGGGCAUGGGGAGACCCGCAAGCUGAAUCGCGACGAAGGACGCGACGACAGCUUCUCAAACUACGACCGCUACUUCAACGAGGAGGACUGUGCCCGAGAUAUAAUCCAGUUCCUCGGCUUCUUCCUGCCCCGUCAAACACGCCCUUCUUCCUCGCCCACAUCUCAUCUUCCAACUGCGCUUGCCCCUAUGGACGAAGCAGAGGUCUCAAAGGAGAUCGAGAGGGAUGUCAUCCUUAUUGGCCACUCGAUCGGGGCUACAACGAGCAUGCAGGUUGCCUUCCACUGUCCCGAGCUCGUCCGCUCUGUCAUUUGCAUCGAACCGAUCAUAGUCCCUUUCGAGUUCGCCAUCUUCGAUGUUCACCCCUUGCCGCUCUGGGCGCUCAAGAGGCGUGAUCGCUGGCCUGACCGCAAGACUGCCCGUGAAUUCUUUGACAAGGAUCGAUUCUACCGAGCUUGGACUCCAGAAGCAAAAGAUCUCUUUGCAGAGAAUGGCCUGCGCCAGGAAGGCAGCGAGGUUGCACUCGCUUCCGACCGUGUAGCGGAAGCCCUCAGCUACCACGGGACCUCGAAUGGCUUCUGGAUCCCAGCCCACAUCGACCACUUCCCGCCGCAGAUUGAUGUCUUCUAUCUCUGUUGCGAGGAACCGCUCAUUCUGCCAGUCGACGAAGUGCACAAACUAAUUGGUGGCCGACCCAACUUCAGCUUUGCGGCCAUCGACGGAGGGCAUGCUCUCCAUCUGGAACGCCCAGUCGAGACUGGUGGCCUCAUCGCGAACUUCAUCAAAAAGCUCGCAGACAACCCAAAGCUCUAGCCGGUGUUCCUCAGAGAAUCAUGACUGGCAAAAAGAUCGGACGGGAUGCGGUGCUUUCACGGUUCUAUGGCCGCAGAUGGGAAUAUUGUGACGGUCUCGUUAUCUGAACGAACGCUUCAGAGACUUGGAACGGCAUUGCCUAGCUCUUCCGGUGUCCCCCACCGCACGUUCGCCAGGUCGGAAGAGCCAAUACGAAGCGAUCCAAUACAAAGCGUGUGAGCGCUACAUAUUCAAUAACCAUUUUCUCAUUGGCGCACACACAGUCCCUGUGCCUUUUCCUAACUUGAACACCUCUUAUGUGGCUAGCCAUACCCCGCAAUCUGUCCUCAUGUCCCUUCCACCUUUUUAUUUUAGCCUUUUUAAGUUCGCUUGCAUUGUGAUUGUGAUUGUAUCGG